CAUGCAUUGUUGUGGGUGCCCUAAAGAGUUUGAGCUUUUGCUAGUUUCACCCGACUCAGAGAAGCAAUGAGAAGAGAAAUCGUGACGAUUCAAGUUGGAGAGUUCGCAAACUUCAUCGGUUCCCAUUUCUGGAACUUCCAGGAUGAAUUGCUUGCAUUGGCGAGUGACCCCGAAAGCGAUCCAAUCUUCCCAAACCAUAAUCUUGACAUGGACGUCCUCUACCGCUCCGGUGAGAACCAGCAGGGAGUUUCUACAUACACUCCUCGUCUGCUUUCAGUCAACUUCGAAGUAGCUACAAGAUGGAGACCCUCGAGCGUGAUUUUGCCGUUCUUGGAGAGUAGAUUGGGGAAUCUGGAGAGGCUUGGGAUCCAAAGGGGAGCCAUGGGAUCAUAUGCGGCAAGGAAGUGGGGAUUUGGGGAAGAAGAGCUUCAGGAUAUGAGGGAGAAUCUGUCAAACAUGGCAUCUAAGCUGAGUCCUAAUCACUCUUCGGAUUCAGAUUCAGAUUCAGAUUAG